UCCUCUUUAUCGCAUAAGGCCAAAAAAGAAUCUGCGUAAAACUUGCUAAAAUGCAGAAUACAUCACACAUAAACAUUUCCAAUGGUCCUCACCACCCUCAUUUAGCGCAUUCUCAAAUAUUUUCAUUUUACAACUACUAUUGGUAUAUGCUUUUUAUAAGUUUGAUAGGCAUAAUCGGUAAUGCAGGGGUAGUCCUAGCUUUCAAGAUAGAUACGAAUCUCUUCCGUAACGCGGGAAAUUUAUUAGUCGCAAAUUUGAGCCUUGCCGAUCUCUGUAUAUGCUUGUUAUCAGGUCCCCUCUAUUUGGGAGCGGCUUACGCCUUCGAAUUCAAUUACCAUAAUCAGGUCGUGGUCUGCCACAUAAUGGGGGGACUCAACGUAUUAAUGUUUUGUGAAUCUCUCUACUCAAUAGCAUUCAUUGGCGUAAUCCGUUUAGUGUUAGUCACUAAGAACAAAGCGACGUAUAAUCGAUGGUUUAGCGCGAGUAUGACAUAUGGAUGGAUAGGUGUCAGCUGGGCUCUUUCGAUAUUGAUAACAAUCUUACCCGCCUUAGGACAACGCGUAAGUAAUACAAUUGGACAUUUUGGUUAUCACCGCGGUUUCCGGGUUUGUUUGUGGGACGAUUCGAUUCAUACGUUUGAUAUAAAUUGGGGGUCCAUAAUUUCGCUCUUUAGCAUGAUUCCAUCUAUUUUCGUAGCCACCUUUUGUUACUACAAAAUAUUUCUCAUCGUAAGGCAAUCGAAGUCACGAGCCAGACGAAAUGCUAUUGAGAGCAAAAGGGUGAAUAUAAAUCCGAUAGCGAUAAUCAAAAAUUCGUGGUCGAAUGUCGCGUGUAACAAAGUCACAGCUAUCCACUCAAACCCCAUUUUGGACCAUCUUAAUAUAUCUCAAAUUGAUUGCCACAAUAUUCAGUCUAGACAGAUUAGCUCCCAGACAGCCACGGAUGGCAUAAAUUCGAUGUUAAAAAAACAUAAAUUUACUAGGGACCACAAAACAAAUAUAUAUUUACUCAUAUUUUUUGUAGCUUUCACUAUUUGUUGGUUCCCAUGGAAUCUGAUAGUUUUACUAGAAAGAUGGCUCCAUUUCCCGAUUUGGUUUUUCAGGUUAUCCCCAGUGCUGGGGCUGACUAAUUCGGCCUUGAACCCUUUCAUGUACGGAAUGAUGAACGAGAAAUUUAGAUCUCCUUACAUAAAAUUUUUCGCCUAUUUUAAAUCAACUUUCCUUCGCUUGGAUUUUAUUAAGAGAUUGGCACAAUAUAUUAACAAAUAAUAAAAAAAUUUAAAAUGAUAUACGAAAUUGUAUGCAGGGAUUGGAACCUAAAGUAUCAAAAUCGCAAAACCGGAUAGAACAUAUAAAGAAAAUGUGGU